AUGAAUUCUUCCUUUUUCAUAAAUCUAAAUCCACCACAUAGCAGUAACUCUACUUCUGCCACUAGUUCAAACACUAACGAGACAUACAUUACUCCUCCCGCUAAUACGAAAAGUACGCCACCAUCACCAUCACCACAACAACCAAUUAUCCGGCCAAAAUCGGCAUUGAAAAAAAAAACGUCUUUAUCUGAUUCAAACAAGUGUAUCUGUGAUUUAGGGAACUCUAGAAAUGUAUUGUUUACCAGAGAAAACAUGGCUAAACGGAAGUCACCACCAAAAUCAUCAAAAUUAUCUCAAGCGUUAAAAAAGAAACAAAGUCAAUUAUCUUCAAUUGAAACAUCAAAUUCUGAUAUUUUAACUAGUACAAAAAGUAUUAUUACCAGUACUUUAUUGGAUAAUGAAAAAAAGGUAAAAUUAUCGCAAAUUCAAUACAACAGUGAAUCUGAAUCGGAUGAAUUAAGUGGCGAUGAAAAUUUUAAUAAUUUUCAAGCUCGUUUAAAAUCCAGUAGCACUGAUAGAUUGGUUCCUGUAAAUCAAAAUAUUCAAUCUAUGCAAGAAAGCCAUUCUAAUGUUAAUAACAUAAAAAAUAAUUCAAAACACCGUUAUGAUAUCACUGCAAAUAAAAAUUAUAGUUAUGAAAAUAGAAAUAAUGAUGCUAAACAAGAAAAAGAAAAAAAAGAGGAAGAAGGAGAUGAUGAUGAAGAAGAAGAAGAAGAAGAAGAAGACCUAGAACCUGUUGAUGAAAAAACUGAAGAGAAUAUCAAAGAAUAUAAACCAGGUGGCUAUCACCCAGCUUUUAUCGGAGAAUAUUAUAAGAAAAAUCGCUACAUUUUGGAACGUAAGUUGGGUUGGGGCCAUUUCAGCACAGUUUGGUUAGCUAAAGAUACCUUUAAAAAUACACACGUGGCAAUGAAAAUUGUCCGUAGCAAUAAUUUAUUCAGUGAAGCUGCUGCAGAUGAAAUUGAUUUAUUAAAAUCUGUUGCAGAAACUAAUUUGGAAAUUAUUAAAAUGGAUGGUAAAUCGCAUCCUGGAGCCAAGCAUGUCAUGUGCCUACUAGACUCUUUUACACAUAGUGGUAUAAAUGGCGAACAUAUCUGUAUGGUUUUUGAAGUGUUGGGGGAGAAUCUUUUAUCAUUAAUUAAGAAAUAUAAGCACAAUGGUAUUCCUAUUAUUUAUGUUAAACAAAUAGCCAAACAAUUAUUGUUAGCUUUGGAUUAUUUGCAUAGAGAAUGUGGCAUUAUUCACACCGAUAUAAAACCAGAAAACGUGUUAAUGGAAAUUGGCGAUGUAGAAGAGAUUGUUAGGAUGGUUGAAUUGCAAGAUAAAGAAAGGAAACAGCAGAGACGAGCCAACAAGCAUCCAAUUAUUUCAGAUAUUAAUAGUUGUGCAGUGAAAGAUGUAGAAAAUAACAAUAUUAAUCAUGAACAUUCGUCAUCAUUAAAAAAACCCCAACAAAUGAUUCCCAUCGGUAGAAGGCCAAGAAGGAAAACUAUUUUAACAAGCUCGCAACCUCUACCAUCACCUUUGUCCAGUGCAAACUUUCAGGAAAUGAAACAAAAGUUUUUAGGUUCCGUUAAGCCAUCAACAUCCUCAUCACUACUGGAUAAUAGUAAUAAUAACAAUAAUAAUAAUAGUAUCAGUAGUGUUAAUCAUUGUAACCAGGGCACUAAUGAGGAUAAUGACAAUAAUACGAACUAUAUUCUGAAUGCUACUACUACUACUAUUAGUAACAAUCAUAAUAGUAAUAGGGGUAACCAGGAUAGCACCAGCCGUAAUGAUAUUUUUAAUACAAAAAAUGGUGAUACUAGCACCACUAAGGACAGUAUUAACAGUAAUAUGGCUGCUGCUUCCGCUACUAGUAAUAAUACACAAUCUACCAACAAUUGUAACAAUAGAAAUGUCACUUACAACACUUUCUGUGAGAGAACUAACAAGGUUGAUGUUACCAGUAAGAAUAAUAACGAGAUAACCAAAGAAAAAAAUUCACAACAACAAAAUGACUUGGUUGAAUCACUCUCUAGUGUUGAUUUGAACGGUACACCUGACCCUUUAAACAAGAUUGGCAAUAUGGCUAGACAAAAAACAAGGAACGAUAAUAGCGUUUCCGAAUUGAACAAUAGCCAUUUGAUCAGUGUUAAAAUUGCAGACAUGGGUAAUGGAUGUUGGGUUGAUCAACACUUCACCAAUUCAAUCCAAACAAGAGAAUACAGGUCACCAGAAGCCAUCAUCGGUUACCAAUGGGGGUGUGCUUGCGACGUGUGGUCUGUUGCCUGUAUGAUUUUUGAACUAUUAACCGGCGAUUUACUUUUCGAACCUUUAUCAGGGGCCAAUUAUAGGAAAGAUGAUGAUCAUGUUGCCCAAAUCAUGGAACUAAUUGGUGAUUUCCCCGAGGACAUGAGGAAAAACGGUAAAUAUUCGAAGAGCAUUUUCACCAGAGAUGGAUCGCUAAGGCAUAUUGAAAAACUUAAUUUUUGGCCUCUUUAUAACGUUUUUAUUGAAAAGUAUCAUUACAGCGAAAGGGAAGCUAAAGAAAUCAGCGAUUUUUUAAACCCAAUGUUAAUUAUUGAUCCAAAACUAAGGGCUGAUGCUGGCGGUAUGGUUAACCAUCCAUGGUUAAAAGAUGCGUUGGGAAUGGAAAAUAGUAUUUUGAAGGAUAGAAACUUGUAUGGCACCGGAGAAGAUAUUCCAGGCUGGGCUUGUCAAUGCAACAAGUUUUAA